AUGGCCAUGAAACCCGAGAACCCCGGUAGUGGGUUUCGCCAUAGCAACGUCUUGGCCUUCAUCAACGAGCGGAUGGCCAGGCACGCCACAGGCCCCCAGUUCUAUCUUGAAAAUCUGACUUUGUCCUGGGAAGAGGUGGAAGACAAAUUCAGGGCCAUCUUGGAGGACCACGAGAUGCCCAGCGAAGCCCUGGAGGCCUGUGCCUGGAGCAGCCUGGCCCUGGGCGUGCGCUUCGCCCGCCGGCAGAGCCACCUACAGAGGCACAGGGUGCAGUGGCUGCACGACUUUGCCAGGCUGCACAAGUCGGCUGCACACACCUUGGCCUCCGACCUGAAACAGCUCUCCGAGCAGCAAGAGAUGGAGCGCAAGGAGGCCGCCUUCCAGCUGAGGCUGGCUCGGACCAAACUGACCGAGGUGCAGAGAGAGCGGGACCUGCUGAGAUGGAAGCUCCUCCAAGCAGAGCUGAGAGCCCUCCCAGUUGCAGAGGGGCCAGGCCGGUCUACCGCCACAGCUGGAGGCGCAGGAAUGGAGACACAAGGAGCAGGUGACAAGGAGAAGAUGGCAGAUAUAGUAGCUACUGCUACAGGACGCGGAGGAAGAGUAGAAGAGACCCAUGUAGCUGAGGUGGCUGCCCCCUGGGAUGCCCCACAAGAGCAGGAAAAAAGCUUCCUGCAGCUUCUGGGAGUUGAGGAGUGGAAUUAUCCCUUGGGCAGGAAUAGGGAGGGAGAUCUCACAUCUGCUGAAAUGGCCACCUUUUCUCUCCCUGGUAUCCAGAAUCCCAGGCCCAUAAUCUCCCCUGACCCCUUCACUGUUCAACUCCCCGCCUCAUUCAGUUACUGCUAUGAAAGCCCCUUCCCAGUUAGGACCACCCAAUCCCCACCACCAACUGUGAGCAAACCACCUGUUCUACCUACAAUGCUUUCCUACUGUGUACCUUCUGAAAUUAGUCUGCUCUCUGAUAUGGGGGCCCCAGGAGUAGACCUUCAAGAAACCCAGAGGGACAGGAGAGAAUCUGAACUCCAGCAGCAGAGAAAAGCUACAGUGUUUCGCAGGCCCGGGGACUGGGACUGUCCUUGGUGUAAAGCAGUGAAUUUUUCACGGAGGGAAAACUGCUUCUGCUGUGGGAGGGGACUCUGGCUGCAAAGCCCUUAG